UUCCAAGAUUUCACCAAAUUCUCUCAACAUUUUCUGUAAAAAUCGAUGAGAUGUAGUUUCAAGCAGAAUGCGCAUCUACACAUUAGCCUCUAGCACUAAAAAUUGUUAUCGGAAACUUUCCAUAUUUGUCAAGGAUGUUAGAUAAUUCUUUCUGAAUACUGUAGAAUACUGGGACCAAAAAGAACGACUUUCUGUAAAUUUGAUACAUAUAUUCAGGUAAACCUGAAACGUUGAUACUACAACUGAUUUGGUUAUUCAAGCUUGAAAUAAAACGAUAUUUUCUCCAAAUCGAUGCAUUCAUUCAGGGGCCAUAGAGUUCGAAUAUCCCUCUCCAACGAUCUAAAAUAUCCCACCUCCUUUUCCAAAGGCAAAACUCACGGCCGAACAGAUAGAAGCCAUCUCUUACUUCCUGGAGGAUAACCAGAACCUCUACCUGCCGGCGAAAUCGUUGGAGCACAUGUAUGAGGGUGACUCGCAAAUCAUGGUUGUCAAGGCUAGUCACGGUACUGCCGACAGAGAGGACCCUGUAUCAGUCAGAAUCCUGGAACUUCUGUACGGUGACAUGAAGCAGCCACCCGGUGACGCAGACUGCCCUUAUCAGAAAUUGAUCAAGUAUCCUACGGUGGAGAUGGAAAACGUGCUGUCUGGGCCGAAUUUGGCUUCUUCGCAGAUAAUGGAAGAACAGGCCAUCGAGGGGAACAGACAAUCCAAGUUGGCGGUGCCGACUCCUGAGCCACAGGAGAAAAAUCCUUCCGAAGGCAGCGAGGGGGAAGAUGGGGAAGGUGAAGAGGAAAAUUAUUUGAUAGGUAUAUGGGCACCGCCCACCAGAAGGAUAUUGUCGAGUUGCUUCAAGAUACUAUUCCCCAGAAUGGCGGCGCCACUUCUAAUACCUGAGCCCCCACCCAGACCCCCAUACAUAAGCGUCUGUUUCCCCAUAGACAAGAGGGCCAAAGUACAGGAUAUGAUGACCGAAUGGGAGACCGAAAUAGAAAGAUACGGCAUCUUCACCAGUUAUUCUCCAGAAGAGGCCAAGCUGGUAGCGAAGUCUUUUAAGAAGUUCGACAAGGCCGACGUACAGAAAGACGGAAACGAAAAAAUAGUGAUACAACUGGCACGAAGAAGGAGCGAGUGUCUUCUGGCCUUCGCUUGCGAAAUUCCGGCCUACAUGAGUCCGAACGUGUACCAAGGAAAAAGGGAGUGCAAGCUGUUCUUUCCGGAAGGAUACGAUGAGCCACUCGAGCAGGAGAUCGAGGAAGAAGAAGAGGAAGGAGAAGAAGGGGAAGGAGGUGAACUUGAGGAAGGGGAGCGCGAGGAGGGAGGCUCUUUCGUGUAUGAUGAUGAAAAUAAACCAAAAAUAACGGAGAAUGUUAACGACACAGCUCCAGCGAGUAUAUCUGCUGAUGUUUCCUCGUCUGUGGAACCUUCGAUGGGAGAUGGUGGUACUGAGGCUAGCGUUCAUACCGAGGCCAGCGUUCAUACUGAGGCUGCUACUGAAGAUGAAUCUUUGGAUGUUUGAUAUUUUCAUUUUGAAUUCAGUAAUUUGCUUUCCUUAUUGUAAUGAACUCGUUUGUUUGAUUAAAUAAGCUUAU